AUGUUGCAAGGUCUGAAGCUAUUCUCAAGAACAUCUGGUCUUCAUCCAAAUGAGGCUAAAUCAGCUGUAUACUGCAGUGGUAUGGCAGAGCAAGAGGUACAAAGAGUCUUGGAGGCUUCUGGUUUCAGUAGAAGUGAGUUACCUUUCAAAUACUUGGGGAUCCCUAUUUGUGCCAAAAGAAUUUCAGCCAAGGAUUGUGAAAGUAUUUUGGAGAAAAUGGUUGUUAGAAUUCGAAUUUGGAGUUGUCGUAAUUUGUCUUAUGCUGGAAGAAUAACGUUGAUCAACUCAGUGCUCAUUUCAAUCCAUUCCUAUUGGUCGCAGAUCACGAUAAUUCCUAAGGAGAUUUUGAAAAGGAUUAACUCUAUUUGUAGAGCUUUUCUCUGGAAGGGUACUUCGGAUUAUAUGGGUCCGGGAAAUGUGGCUUGGGAAAUGCUUUGUAAACCAAAAAGUGAGGGAGGAAUGGGAUUUCAGAACAUUUUGAGUUGGAAUAUUGCUGCCAUUGGGAAAUACAUCUGGGCUGUGGCUAGUAAGAAAGACAACCUUUGGGUAAAAUGGGUGCACAAUGUGUACAUUAAAGAUGCGGAUUGGUGGGCAUAUACUGCCCCGACACAAAGCAGUUGGUAUUGGAAGAAGAUCGUGGCUGUCAAAGAGUGUAUUAAAAGUCUCAAAGCAAGGCUGCGUUGGAGAGCUAAAGCAGAGACGAUUUAUAGCCUGCUGAGAUGGAUUUCGAGAGCUAAAUUGAGCAGGUUCAAGAAGCAAGUUCUUGCUGCCUUUACUGCUGCCGUUGUGUAUCAGGUGUGGAAAGCCAGGAAUGAGGUGUUAUGGCUUCAACAAGUCAAGAGAGUGGAAUUGGUAAUACAGGCUAUACUUAAUGAUGUUAAGAGUAUAAUACACAGUAUUAAGCCGGGAAAAGUUACAUGUACAUAUUGGGAAUGGUUUGAAGCUUUGUAA